UUCUGCUGCCCAUUGUAGACUACGCUUUAAUCGUAGGCCCUUUAAUGUCGCUGUAAAAUGUCUCAAGACAACAUGGUUGGUAUUGACGUUCUCUUGGAGUUUUUGGAAGUAGCGUUUCAUCAUAUACUAUUCUGUCGUAAAAUUUACCCUAAAGAAAUAUUCGUUAAGAAAAAGAUAUAUGGAAUUACAGUUCACAUGUCGGAACACCCAGAAUUAAAUAAGUAUUUUUUCAAUGUUUUAAAUGCAACCAGAGAGCUGAUAAAGGAGGAUGAAAACAGUGUUAAAACCAUACAUUUUACCUUUUAUAAUAGAGACAAAUUACCGAUAGAAAAAUUUGUCUUUGAUGUAAUUAAAUUGCGAGCAGAGUCAACAGAGAAGGAUCCUUAUUAUUUAAAGACGGAAGAAGCCCUGAGAACGAUUUGCUUAAAGAUAUCAAUAUGUGAUACAUACUUGGAACCCUUGCCGGAUGGUUCAAUUUUUUCUAUAGAAAUUCAAACAUACGAAACUGCGCAUAUUACUUUGAGCGAGAAUUCAAAAUGCGAGGACUUUCCAUGGAUCGUUGAAGAUGAUGCGAUAGAAAUGGCCAACAAAAAUUUACUGCCACUGAAAGAUAUCAAAACCGAUUGUUUGAAUUUGCAGAUGUAUGUGAUUGAAGAUGCGGAGAGCAAGAAUGCUACAGAUAGCAUUUAACUGGUAGGAGCAAUCAAACAUUUCAGAUCUCAUUGAUGAUUUACCAGCAUCGAUUCUGAUCACCUUGAC